CGUUGGGAAUUUCGACUAUGAUACUCGCCAAUCGGAUCUUGAAAGAUUGUUCAGCAAGUACGGGAGGGUGGAGCGAGUUGACAUGAAGUCUGGAGCUUUCUCUAAAGGAGCAUGAGUGUGUUUCCUCUUUUCAUGGGAUUGCCAACUUCUUCCUGCAAAUAGAUUCCUACAUUUUUCUCAUGCCUACCCUUAUCAUGUUGUGCCUACAAUCUUCGAUGAGCCCUACAAUCUAUUGCCUUGUUUCUUCAUGCCUUUCAUUUGUGAACUCCUACUGUCAAGAAUGGUGACGCAACGCUUAGCAGUCAUUCAGAAUUGAACAAUAAAUUCGAUUUUAUUACCUUUUCAUAGGCUACAUUCUACACAUCUACAUCUUUAUUUACUACAACAUCAUCGAACGCCUCUACUUCUUAUGUACACCAGCCUUCACAUUGAUGCAGGGUAUGCUUUUGUGUAUUUUGAGGAUGAGCGUGAUGCUGAAGAUGCAAUCCGUGGGACUGACAAUACCACUUUUGGCUAUGAGCGACGCAAGUUAUCAGUCGAGUGGGCCAAGGGUGAACGUGGGAAGCCUCGUGAUGGAAAGGCAGCCUCGAAUCAGAGACCUACAAAGACACUCUUUGUCAUCAACUUUGACCCUAUUCGCACAAGAGAGCGUGAUAUGGAGAGACACUUUGAGCCAUAUGGUAAAGUUCUCAAUGUUCGCAUAAGGCGCAAUUUUGCUUUUGUUCAAUUUGCAACCCAGGAAGAUGCAACCAAGGCUCUUGACUGUACUCACAACAGCAAAAUAUUGGAUAGGGUUGUUUCUGUUGAGUAUGCUUUGAGGGAGGAUGGUGAAAGAGAAGAUAGAUAUGCUGGCAGUCCAAGAAGGAGAUCUCCUAGCCCAGUGUAUCGGAGGCGUCCUAGUCCUGAUUAUGGCCGUCCUCGCAGUCCUGAAUAUGACAGGUACAAGGGUCCUGCUCCUUAUGAAAGACGUAGGAGUCCAGAUUAUAGGCGUCGCAGUCCAGACUAUGGCAGAGCAAGAGCUAGGAGUCCGGGCUAUGACAGAUACAGGAGCAGCCGGUCCCCUAUUCAAAGAGCAAGAGGUUGAAGAUGUUGUUGGGCGAUGGAUUUUUAAAAUGUAUGGGUUUUCUAUGUUAGUCGGGUACAAAAACAAGUUAUUAGUACUGAGUCUUUACCGCUUAUGACUUGAACCGUAUGUGCUUUGCUACUAUAUGUGGUGUAGAAGUAUUAGUAGCUUAUAAUGACAAUGAUCUCUUUUGGAAUUGGAAUAGUUUCAUGGUUGGUUCCUGUGUAA